AUGGAGCCGAUUGACGUCCGGCCGCAGACGAAGAUGUCUGCGCCGGAGAUCAGCGAGACGACAUUUCUGGCAGUGCUUUGGAUUUCCGUCGGCACGUCAUUCCUCUUCCUCGCCACGCGACUCGUCGCGCGAUGGAAAAUCGCCCCCCAGAAACGCGCCGACGACGCUUUUCUCCUGCUAGCAUGGCUCUUCUUCCUCGGAAAUGUCGGCCUUUGGACCGCUUUCUAUCGAUAUCUUUUCAUCAUCUUGCAAUUCUCGAAGGGUAACCUCUUGUCCAUCCCCUUGACCAUCGACUGGCAUCAGAUCCAGCGGGAUCUGCGGGCGCAGCUGGCCGGCUACUUCCUGACCUAUUGCAGUUUAUGGAGCGCGAAGUUCUCGUUUCUGUUCUUCUUCCGCAAACUAGGGGAGCGGUAUCGACUGCAGAAGAUCAUCUGGUGGAGCGUGUGCGGGCUGCUGAUCCUCACAUUUGCGGGGUGUAUCGGGACGCUGAACUUUCGAUGUGAGCUGAGUGAGAUUGACCAGAUGAUCCAGAAUUGUGCAAGUGCCGAGUCCAUUAGACUCGGCCGGGUGACCGUCAAAGUGUCCACCUCGCUAGACAUCGUCACAGACGUAGCGAUCAUCCUGCUAUCUAGCAACGUCCUCUGGCGAGCGCGAAUCAACUGGAAACGAAAGCUCGCACUAAUCGGCAUCAGCCUCCUCACGGCAUUCAUCAUCUGCGUCUCGAUCAUCCGCAUGGUAUGGGGAAACGCGGGGUCAGGGAUCCCGGAUGCCUCGUGGCUGAUCAUAUGGAGUGGGGUGGAGAUUUGUGUCGCGAUCAUGGUGGCUUGUCUUGCCUCGUUCUGGACGCUGUAUACCAUGGCCAAGGCGCGCAGCCCCUCUCCGACGGUGGAUAGGAGAAUCUGGCUGUGA